UUUGAUAAAUACAAAUAUGAAUAAUACAUUUUCAAAAAAUGUGUUUAGACUUUUAUUUUGGAAUUCCAAAACGCCCAAAGCGGAAGUGGAUGAACGUCAUUGGAUGAUUUCAGCUAGCUAACGUUAAGCGUUAAUUUAUAACUGUAGCUCACUUAUCUUAAUCUGUUGACACAUAUUACCUGUAUCAGUGUAGCGGUGAUAUGUGUAUUAUUAAAUUCUAAAGAUAUUAAUGAAGCUAGUCACACACGUACGUGCGAGUAUUUAAUGUAUUGAUGAUGUUAUUUAGCCAUCGCGUUGCUAGGUGAUACCAGCUGAGCUAGCAACCAUCACUAUGGACGUCUGUGGUGCUCUGUGAGGAGGCUGUGUGUCUAUCAGAGGUGUUGCUCUUCACAGGGAUCCUGCUGGCGUGUAAAGCCAAAGGAGGAGAGAGAGCUACGAUGCUGUGCUGGGGAAAUGCCUCCUACGGACAGUUAGGCUUGGGAGGGAUUGAUGAGGAGAUUGUGGUGGAGCCACGAAGAUGUGAAUUCUUCCACGGGAAGCUAGUGUGUGAUGUGGGGUGUGGCCACAGACACACAGCCUUCCUGCUGGAGGAUGGGACAGUUUACACCUGUGGCUGCAAUGACCUGGGCCAGCUGGGGCAUGAGAAGUCCAGGAAGAAACCAGAACAGGUUGUGGCCCUGGAUGCACAGAUCAUACUGGCGGUGUCAUGUGGAGGGUCCCAUACACUCGCCCUGAAUGACAAAGGGCAGGUUUUCUCAUGGGGUCUGGGCUCUGACGGGCAGUUGGGUCUACAUAACUUUGAAGAAUGUGUUCGUGUGCCUAGAAAUAUCAAGAGUUUGUCAGAUGUACAAAUUGCUCAGGUAGCCUGUGGGUAUUGGCACUCCCAUGCACUUUCAAGAGGGGGCCAAGUCUUCUCUUGGGGCCAGAAUCGACACGGACAACUUGGGCUAGGAAUAACCGGAGAGAGCAUUUCCACGCCCCAAAUCAUCCAGUCUCUGCAGAGCAUCCCUUUUGCACAGAUAUCAGCUGGUGGCGCUCACAGCUUUGCCCUCACUCUCUCAGGAGCAGUGUUUGGUUGGGGGCGCAACAAGUUUGGUCAGCUGGGUCUCAAUGACAGCAAUGAUCGGUCUUUCCCAACGCUGCUGAAGUCCCUUAGAUCGCAGAGAGUCAUUUACAUCUCCUGUGGAGAAGAUCACACAGCAGCACUGACCAAGGAAGGAGGUGUGUUUACAUUUGGAGCAGGAGGAUACGGACAACUUGGACAUAACACUACAAACCAUGAAAUCAACCCUAGGAAAGUGUUUGAGCUCAUGGGAAAUGUAGUCACGCAGAUUUCAUGUGGAAGGCAGCACACGAUGGCUUUCACACCCUCCUGUGGGAAGAUGGACUCAUUUGGCCUUGCUGGUAACGGACAGCUUGGUACUCGCUCCACUUGCAACAGAAAAAGCCCCGCCACUGUCAAAGGCCCCUGGGUAGCCUCCAAUUCUCCAACGGAUACAGACUCGCAGCUGGGCUGUUGUGUCAAGAGGAUUUAUGCCGGAGGAGACCAGAGCUUUGCUCACUAUUGCACUGCCAAUAAACUCCAGAACAUAGAUGACCGGAGGAUACAAAAUCACCACAGAAACAUUUGCACCUUGAAUCAGGAUAUCAUACACAAGUGGUGGAACUUCUCACCAGGAAGACUCCCACAAGAAAUCUCCAAUGAGAUUGACCUCGUGUUCUCCUCAGCAAGCUGCCUCAAUGGAUCUUUUCUGUCAACGAGUCAUCCAGAUCACUACAGUACCAACAGUAAAUGUUCAGGGGUGGAUAUGAACAUGGCUCGCGUCCUACUGCACAGAGUGGUCCAACAAGAUCACCAUGAAAUCGCUCAGCAGAUUGCUGCCAGUCUAGAGAAGAACCUCAUUCCCAGACUAAGCAACUCUCCUCCAGACAUUGAAGCCCUGAGACUUUACCUCACUCUUCCAGAAUGCCCUCUCUUCAGCGACCGAAAUAAUUACGUGACCAUCGCUAUACCGUUUGCCAAAUCACUCCUCAGUCUGAAAGAAGCUCCUCUGAAGGUGCUAGGAAACUGGUGGUCUACGUUUGAGCCCCCAGUCUUCCAGCGGCUGGUCGAGUUGUACAAGGAAGUGGUGGUGUAUUUGCUUCAGAUGCACAAGAUGGGCAUUCCUUCGGUCGAGCAGAGAAUUUUCACCUGUUUCCUGGACACGUCCCUCCGACUCCUGGAGGUCCUGCACACAGUGAGUGAGAGAGCAGGACACAUCAUUCAAUACGAUAAAUUCUACAUGCAUGAGUUGGAUGACUUGAUAGACAUCAGAAAUGACUACGUCACAUGGAUUCAGAGGCAGAUGUACCCAAUGGGUCAGGACGGUGUGGUGACUCUGUGCAGGUAUCCCUUUGUGUUUGAUGCCCAGGCGAAGACCACACUGCUUCAGACUGAUGCUGUCAUACAGAUGCAGAUGGCAGUGGACCAGGCACAGAUGCAAAACUUCAGCUCCAUGUUCAUGCCAGCGGUGGAAUCUGUCAACCCGUGCCUCAUCCUCAUCGUUCGGAGGGAAAAUAUUGUUGGAGACACCAUGGAAGUCCUCAGGAAGUCCAAGAAUGUUGACUACAAGAAACCACUCAAGGUGAUCUUCGUGGGAGAAGAGGCCGUCGAUGCAGGAGGCGUGAGAAAGGAGUUCUUCCUCCUGAUCAUGAAAGAGCUGCUGGAUCCAAAAUAUGGGAUGUUUCGUUACUACGAGGACUCCAGGCUCAUCUGGUUUUCAAACAAGACCUUUGAGGACAUUGACUUGUUCAACCUCAUCGGGGUCAUCUGUGGUCUGGCCAUCUACAAUCUCACUAUAGUAGAACUCAACUUCCCUGUGGCCCUUUACAAGAAGCUCCUGAAGAGGAAGCCGACACUAGAGGACCUGAAAGAGCUAAUGCCAGAUGUGGGAAGGAGUCUGCAGCAGUUACUGGACUACGCAGAAGAUGACCUCGAGGACACCUUCUGCUUGAAUUUCACAAUCACAGAGGAAAACUACGGUGCCACAGAGGUCUUGGAACUUGUACGGAACGGCGAAGACAUCAACGUCAAUAAAUCAAACAGGCAGGACUUUGUCAAUGCGUACGUAGACUACGUUUUCAACACAUCAGUGGCCCCGCUGUUUGAGUGCUUCUACGCAGGCUUCCACAAGGUGUGUGGAGGAAAAGUUCUGGAGCUGUUCCAGCCAAAUGAACUGCAAGCCAUGGUCAUCGGCAACACCAACUAUGACUGGACGGAGCUCGAAAAGAGUACUGAAUACAAAGGGGAGUACUGGACGGACCAUCCCACCAUCAGGCUCUUCUGGGAGGUGUUCCACAGUCUUCUUUUAGAGAAGAAGAAGCAGUUUCUCUUGUUCCUCACAGGAAGUGACCGCAUACCCAUUCUGGGCAUGAAAAGCCUGAAGCUGGUGAUCCAGCCCACCGGCGGAGGGGAGCAUUACUUACCUGUGGCUCACACCUGCUUCAACCUGCUGGACCUGCCCAAGUACAGGAGUCUGGAGACGCUCCGUGAGAAGCUUCUACAGGCUAUAGAUCACAAUCAAGGCUUUAAUCUCGCCUGAUAGUACACAGAAAUGCCUAGAACUCAAUGUCCAGACUGCUGAUGGCAACCACAUUCCCAAAUGUUUUGCUUUCGCAGUCUGAAUUCUGCUGUAAGAAUUGAACACUGGGUGGAGAGAGGAGGAGGCCACAUGGCACUAGAACUGAUUAAGAGUUGGAUGUCUAGCCUUUCACAGGUAAUCUUGACUUUGAUUUUCCAGCUUUUUUUCCUCAUGCCAUCACAGUAUUUGAUGCUCUUAUUACAAGUCGAUUCACAUUUGAUAUUGCUCUUGUAGAUAUAGUUUUAUUCAUCUUUGGAUAUGACGAGUAUGAUGACGCAAACUACUGGUAUAUAAAGUAAAGGGUAUGCAUACAGCAACAUAAACACCUGUAAAAUAUAAUGAAAUGCAGUAGCACUACCUUUCUGAAGCUUAUAAUGAAAUAGUGAGAGGUUUCUGUUAUGGAAAAAUACACUGUGGCCUCAUAUUGACCCGAUUUAAACCAACACCUCUCUGACAACAUUUUAAGCUCCGUUGUGGUAGUAGUUGCUGCAUGGCUACUGCAAUCCUAUUGUAUUUUACAGGAGAUAGUGAUGUUGUGUCCACCCUGGUUAUUAAAUGUUUGAACCCAGACAAUGUACACCAACUCUCUUUAUGUUUGACAUAAGUUCUGUUGACAUUUGAUUGAGAGGAGUGCGGAGCGUUUGCUUUAGAUCCGGAGUAGAUUUUCUUGGCUGUCAGCCUUAAACAAUCCACAAAUAAAAACAAAGUACAGCCACUGAA